CCUCUGCGCGCCGCCCGUCUUGACGCGUUCGGGGUUCACAUAUGGCUGGACGCGCUCCUUCUUUGCUUGCUGCUUGCCUGCAUCUUCAGCCACGCCACCAUCUGUGGUACCCUCCGUCGUCGCCUUGGAUUCUGGUGGCGAUGUGGGUGUCUGCUGGAAGUCGAGGCCGAGCGAGUUCGGUGCGUCCUGCGGUUCUGCCAUGGCGGCAGGGGGACUAUUGCGGGACUGGAUGGACUGGACUGGAUGAAUACGAGCGUGCGGUAGGCACGGUCAAGACUCGUCUUCGCGGUCGACGGCGGUCGGGGCAGCUGCACGACCAAUGCACCACAUCAUCGAAUCGCCCGCCAUCGGCCGGCCCAGGCCGCGGGCCGGUCCGUCUCCGGGGCGGUAUAAGAGGCGCGCCAGCUGCUCCGUCGCUAUCCUCAGAAAAACAAACAUGUCGCUCUCCAACAAGCUCGCCAUCACCGACCUCGACCUCAAGGGCAAGCGCGUCCUCAUCCGCGUCGACUUCAACGUCCCCAUCCAGGAGGGCAAGAUCACCAACCCCGCGCGCAUCGUCGCCGCCCUCCCCACCAUCAAGUAUGCCAUCGAGAAUGGCGCUUCCAAGAUCGUCCUCAUGUCCCACCUUGGCCGCCCCGAUGGCAAGGUGAUCGAGAAGUACUCGCUCAAGCCCGUCGCGGCCGAGCUCGAGAAGCAGCUCUCGAAACCCGUCAUCUUCGCCUCGGACUGUGUCGGCCCUGAGGUUGAGGCGACCGUUGCCAACGCACCCACUGGCUCCGUCAUCCUCCUCGAGAACCUUCGCUUCCACAUCGAGGAGGAGGGUUCCGUCAAGAACAAGGACGGCACGAAGACCAAGGCUGACCCCGCUGCGGUCGCCGCUUUCCGCGAGGGCCUUACCAAGCUCGGCGAUGUGUACGUGAACGACGCCUUCGGCACUGCACACCGUGCGCACUCGUCGAUGGUCGGUGUCAAGCUGCCGCAGCGUGCUUCUGGCUUCCUCGUCAAGAAGGAGCUCGAGUACUUCGCCAAGGCGCUUGAGCACCCCGAGCGUCCCUUCCUCGCCAUCCUCGGCGGCGCGAAGGUCUCGGACAAGAUCCAGCUGAUCGAGAACAUGCUCGACAAGGUCGACUCUCUCAUCAUCGGCGGCGGUAUGGCCUUCACCUUUAAGAAGACCCUCGAGAACGUCUCCAUCGGCAACUCCCUCUUUGACGAGGCCGGCUCCCAAAAGGUCGCCGCCCUCAUCGAGAAGGCCAAGGCCAAGAACAUCAAGAUCACCUUCCCCACCGAUUUCGUCACCGCCGACAAGUUCGACAAGGACGCCAAGGUCGGCUACGCCACCCAGGAGGAGGGCAUCCCCGAGGGUUGGAUGGGUCUCGAUGCGGGACCCAAGUCGCGCGAGGCGUUCCGCAAGACGGUGCUCGAGGCGAAGACCAUCCUCUGGAACGGUCCCCCGGGUGUCUUCGAGUUCGACGCGUUCGCCGAGGGCUCGAAGGCGCUGCUCGAGGCAACCGUUGAGGCUGCCGCGAAGGGCGCCACCGUCAUCGUCGGCGGCGGUGACACGGCGACGGUGGUUGCGAAGUACGGCGCGGAGAGCAAGCUGAGCCACGUCUCCACCGGCGGCGGUGCGUCGCUCGAGCUGCUCGAGGGCAAGACCCUCCCUGGUGUCGCCGAGCUCUCCGAGAAGCAGUGACUGAGCUGCGAGAAGCAACCGAAGCUGUGAGGGAGCGCGCGACCCACUUAUUCUUAUUCAACCAUAGACGCUGGGUGCACGCAUAGACGGGAAGAUAAUCACAAUGUUGUACGAUGUACUAAUGAGAAGCUAAAAUGUACUUGUGUGGAAACAUCAUCUUUCGCAGCUGCUUGAGGUCGUGGAGGAAGUCGCUUCGAGUUCAACCGCUGUGGAUGGGAUGGGGACCCGUCGAGGUCAGUACGUACCCUCUCGACGCUCACCGCUUGUAAUAGGAAUACCGAUCUUCGCCAAGGUCCGCCGAGUAUGUAUAGAUAUGUAUUCAAGCAGGGACUCCGCCGGCACCAAGUGUGCUCGAUCUUCGCCCA